GCUUGAACGGCCUUCCAAUUGACCAUUGGAUAAUUUAUCUUUAUUAUGAAGGCCCUCAGCUUGCUCCGCAGGGCUCCGCUGGCCCCUUCCCUUCGGCCAACACCUCCCGCCGUCCUCGACUUUCUCGCGCCUUCCACUUUACAAACCUGUCGCCAGUACAAUUCUACAGCUACACGGCAGUCCACAGCGAAUCCCUCCGUGUCACAGCAGACAUCCGGAUCAUCGAAACCGAAAUAUGUUCUUAAUCAGCAACAACGCGAGUUUCUCGACCGAGCCCUCCGCGUCAACCAAGCCGGCGAGCUAGCGGCCACCUUGAUCUACACGGCGCAAACACCACAAGUCGUGCGCUCUCAUCCUCACCUACGGCCGUUGAUGAAGCACAUGUACGACCAGGAAGCCGGGCACUUUGACACAUUCAACCAUCUCAUUGCGAAACACCGAGUACGACCGACGGCUAUGUAUCCGGUAUGGGAGGUCGCAGCAACGUUCCUGGGCUGGUCUACCGGAAUGAUGGGACGUGAGGCAGCAAUGGCCUGUACGGAAGCUGUAGAGACCGAGAUUGGGUCUCACUAUAAUGAUCAAGUGCGGGAGAUCCUAUCCUGGAAGGCGGAGGCUGAAAGUCGGGGGGAGGAGUUGGAUGAAGAAUUGGAGGAAAUGCUGGCAACUUUCCGAAGGAUUCGCGAUGAGGAGCUUGAGCAUCUGGACCAUGCUGUCGAAAACGACGCGAAGGAAGCCCGUCCGUACGAUCCGCUGGUUAAUGUCAUCCGCUACGGAUGCAAAGCUGCCAUCAAAAUAAGCGAAAGGGUGUGAGUACACUAUGGGGUGCCUUAUAGCACGAAGGUCAAAAUCUGUAAAUGUACGAUAAAAGCUGUACUAUUAUUAUCUUG